AGGAAAAAUUAAAUAUUUAAUGCGGGCCUACUAACGCGAAAGAAAGAUGGCCGUCCAAAGAAAGAAAGACGGGGUGCCAAAUGCAAAAUUCUUCGAAUCUGUUGAAACAAUAGCUCAAUUUGAUUCCGUUAGAACUUGGCUGCAUAAAAAUUGCAAAAAGUAUACACAGGCAGAUCCUCCUACAAACAAAAGUUUGUCAAGUUUAGUUCUGCAAUUACUACAGUUCCAAGAAGAUGCAUUUGGAAAGUCUGUCAACAACUCUCCACUAACUAAACUGCCUAUGAAAUGUUUCCUGGACUUCAAACCAGGUGGAGCCCUCUGUCAUAUUCUAUCAGCAGUCUUCAAGUUCAAGACAGAUCAAGGAUGGAGAAGAUUCGAUUUUGCAUCACCGUCGCGGAUGGACAGAAAUGUGGAAAUGUUCAUGCAGAUUAUGAAAUCUUUGGUGGCCAACAAAUGUCAUAUUCAGCCUAAUGUAUUUAUAAAACCUAGUCUUGAGAAAGCACUCAUCUCUCGACUGAAAGAUAUUGUAAAGAAACAUCAAGGUUCCAUAUCAGACAAUGAAGAAGACGCUACUCAUGUUAUACAUGGCAUGCCAGCUAGCUCGGGACAGGAAGAGGAAUGGUGUAGACCUGUCAUGAAGAGAGACAAACAUGCAUUGGUUCACUGGUGGUAUACACCUGACAGUUAUGACAACUGGAUACCAGAUCUAGGGUGUGAUCAGGAACCAGAACCAUCAUGGUCUCCACCAGGACCCUGGGAGGUGACGGCACGCUGGUUAUUGGACCUCGAGGAGUAUAAUGAAUGGAUGAACGAGGAAGAUUAUUUGGUCGAGGAGGAGGUUAGUGUACCGGUAGAGAAAUGUCGUAUCCGUUAUGAAGGUAAAAAAGUCAAAAAGAAGUUGCCUACCAAGUAUUCUCCUGAAGAGCUUGUUGGUGAUGAGAAGAAAGAUAAAAAAAAGGGUAAAAGAAAGAGGUCACCAUCACCCCCUCCUGAGAAAAAGAAGAGAAAAAGUGGUCGUACAGCUGUGACAGGUUCGGGUUUAAAGAAGAACCGACGUGAUGAGGAGGAGGAAGAUCUGACCCAGGACCUCGAGGAUCCCACACCAGAACCCAAUAUACAGGAGGUCCAGCUGUCUAAAACUGCAUCUCGGAGUAACAGAGAUAGUGAGUUACAACCUAUUAAAGGUGGUACAGUGGUUGAUAUGGAUGAUGAACAUUCACAUCAGAUGGGAGAAGAGAGAAUGGAAGAAGAAGUAGAGCAGGUGGAGACAAAGAAGGAGAAAGAUGAGACAGAAGACAGUGUAACAGAACAAACACAUCAUAUCAUUAUACCUAGCUACGCUUCAUGGUUCGAUUAUAACGGUAUAAAUGCCAUCGAGAGACGAGCCCUGCCAGAGUUCUUUAAUGGAAAAAAUCGAUCUAAAACUCCUGAAGUGUAUAUGGCGUACAGAAACUUCAUGUUGGACACAUACAGGUUAAACCCUAUGGAGUAUUUGACGAGUACAGCUUGCAGACGCAAUCUAGCUGGAGACGUUUGUGCAAUAAUUAGAGUACAUGCAUUUUUGGAGCAGUGGGGUUUGGUAAACUAUCAAGUUGAUGCUGAGAGUCGACCUACAGCCAUGGGACCACCCCCAACAUCUCAUUUCCAUAUCCUAGCUGACACGCCCUCUGGUCUACAAGCUGCCAAUCCUCCGAGACUAAAUCAGCCAUCAGCAGCCAAACAGAUUGUAAGUUUUGAGGAGCCUAAAGAUGGUGAGGAGAAGAAAGAGCUUCCAAACUUUGGUCUCAGAACAGACAUAUACGGCAAAAAAUCUCAAAAGGAUAAAGGAGCUGCUACUAGAACUAGGGAUUGGACAGAUCAGGAAACCUUGUUGUUACUAGAGGCGUUAGAGUUAUACAAAGAUGACUGGAACAAAGUUAGUGAACAUGUUGGUAGUCGUACCCAGGACGAGUGUAUACUACAGUUCCUCAGACUACCAAUAGAAGAUCCUUACCUAGAUGAAGAUUAUGGACAUUUAGGACCGCUAGCGUACCAGCCAUUACCAUUCUCGCAGGCAGGUAACCCAGUGAUGUCUACAGUAGCAUUCCUCGCAUCUACAGUGGAUCCCCGUGUUGCCAGUGCUGCAGCUAAAGCUGCCCUAGAGGAGUUCUCCAAGAUGAAGGAUGAAGUUCCUCCAGCGUUGAUUGAUGCCCAUGUUAAGAUGGUGGAGAAAGCCGUGACCGAGGGUAAAGAAGUGGAUCAAGAGUUUGGUUUAGAUCAGUCUGGUAUUGCUGGUACAGUACUGGAAAAGGAGGACGAGGAAAAGAAAGAAGAAGGAAAAGAGAAGAAGGAAGGAGAGGGAGAAAAUAAAGAUGAGAAGUCUGAAUCAGUUGAAGUUAAGAAAGAGGACAUGGAGACAGAUCAGGCUGAAAAGAAGACAGAAGAACAAGCACAAGAAACCAAAGAUGGAGAAAAGAGUGAAGACAAGAAAGAUGAAGAUGAAAGCACAAAGGAUGGGGAGAAGGCAGCAGAUGGUGAUGAGAAGAAGGAAGAUUCAGGGAAGGGCAAGGAAAUGGUGAAGAGACUAGAUGAUAAAGAAAAGGGUAAUGUUGCCACGGCAGCAGCAGCAGCUCUAUCUGCAGCAGCCGUCAAAGCCAAGCACCUAGCGGCAGUAGAGGAGCGUAAGAUCAAAAGUCUUGUAGCAUUACUAGUCGAGACACAAAUGAAGAAACUUGAGAUCAAAUUAAGACACUUUGAUGAACUUGAGGCCAUCAUGGACAGAGAAAGAGAGGCAUUGGAGUACCAGAGACAGCAGCUGUUACAGGAGCGCCAGCAGUUCCAUAUGGAGCAGGUUCGAGCUGCAGAGUACCGUGCCAGGCAGAUCGCCAUGCAACAGAUGGCACAGGAACAAAAACAAACACCACAGGGAGCUGGAGAUGGAGCAAUUCCAGGCCAGUCACCUGCAUCAACCCAGCCAUCAGUAGUCGGACAAACUUACCCAACAUCCAGCUCCCCUAUGACCCCGAUGGGACCAACAGCCCAGCAGGGAUCCCCAGCUCCACCCCCAGCCACACAGCCCCUCCCACCAUCCACAUCAUCUCAGGCUGGUACUCCAAAACCAGCAACACCUGUUCCAGGUGGGGAUGGAGGAGACUCAAACCCAGCACCUGAGCCAAUGGACACGCAACCCCCGCCAGUGGCACCGGCUUCAACCACGUAGAAUCUCAGUCAUAGUGUAUCAUCUAAACAUUUACCAUCCUCAUUACCUGUUGCAGGAGAAUUAUUUGUAUAUAUGCGUAGAUAGACGUUACAUUAGAAAACUUGUCUUAUUCAUUUCACUUAGGCAAAAUAAGCUGUUAAAACGGUAAACUUGUCAGAAGAAAGGGUGUCAUUAUUGUAAAUUAUCGAGAAAUUUUGAUUUUUUGUAUUUGUUUGAUACUUGUUAUAACUUACAAAUGAAAAAACUGAUACUACAUUUGAAAUAAAUGUAAAUUUGUUUUGUAUCCGAGCAAAAAUUUACAAUUUUUGCUGAAUAUGUGUAAUACAUGUAUUACACAGUUUCCCAAUGUGUUCAAAUCAAAACUGUAGGUUUUUCUGGUUUUCUGGACAGUUUGUGUACAUGGAGUUUAUGUUUGUUGCUAAGUAUUGUGUAUAAAUAUUUUUACAUUUAUGUCUAUACAUUGGUAUUUUGAUGCAUUAAUUAAAAGAAGCCGUUACCUCAAACAAUGGAUUACAACUUAACAGAAUGAAGGACUAAAAAUAUUGUUUUCUCUAAAAAUCUGGACUAGAAUUCAAGAUGUAUAAAAUUGAACUUGAUUCAGGUGCUAAUACAUUCAUGUUUUCAAAAAUUUCUCUGUUUCAAAAUGUCUAGAAACUUCCUAUAAAUGUUGUGAGGUGAAUAAAAUUUUAUGUAAAUUAUA